UUCCGCGCGCUGCUUUCGCCGCCAGGUGACAGUUGGCUCCCCGGCUGUGGCCGCCUCCACAGGAACGAGGCCGGGAAGAGGCGCGCGCUCUCUCGCGACGCCCCAAACAUGGACGGCAGGGCGGUCGCGGCGGCCGGGCCAGGGCAAGCCGCUGUAGAGAGUGGCGGUGGACCCGGGCCGGGCCGGAGACCUAGUCGCUUGGUGUCUGGGGCGGCGGGGCCGGUGGCAAGCGCGGCGGCGUCUGGGGGGACGACGGCGAGCGUAGCCGGGUCUCGACAGCCCAGCAUGGAGACGUUGGACAGCCCUACAGGAUCCCAUGUUGAAUGGUGUAAGCAACUCAUUGCUGCUACAAUUUCUAGUCAGAUUUCAGGUUCUAUGCCUGCAGACAAUGUGUCCAGAGAGUACCGGGUAUACAGGAGGCCUACUAUAAGGGAGAUUCAGGAUGGACACAAUGGCUAUCCUUCUGACGCAGAAGUUGAUCAGGUGGCACUGAGGGAUGGAAACAAACUCGCCCAGAUGGAAGAGGCUCCACUUUUUCCUGGAGAAUCAAUCAAAGCUAUCGCUAAAGAUGUCAUGUAUAUCUGUCCAUUUAUUGGAGCCAUCAGUGGUACAUUGACAGUGACAGAUUUCAAAAUGUAUUUCAAGAAUGUUGAAAGGGAUCCCCAUUUUGUUCUUGAUGUUCCUCUUGGAGUGAUAAAUAGGGUUGAAAAGAUUGGAGUGCAGAGCCAUGGAGAUAACUCUUGUGGUAUAGAAAUUGUUUGCAAGGAUAUGAGAAAUUUGCGGUUUGCCUAUAAACAGGAAGAGCAUAGACUGGAGAUUUUUCAGAACCUUAUUACGCGAGCAUUUCCUCUUUCUCAUGGGCUGCCAUUGUUUGCAUUCAGCUAUAAAGAAAAAUUUCCUGUCAAUGGCUGGAAAGUUUAUGAUCCAAUGGCGGAAUAUAAGAGACAGGGAUUACCUAAUGAGAGCUGGAAAAUAUCUAAAAUUAAUAGUAUGUAUGAACUUUGUGAUACAUAUCCUGCCAUUCUUGUUGUGCCAACUAGCGUAAAAGAUGAUGACCUCUCCAGAGUAGCAGCAUUCAGGGCAAAAGGCAGAGUUCCAGUGCUAUCCUGGAUCCACCCUGAGAGUCAGGCAACCAUCACACGUUGUAGCCAGCCUCUAGUAGGCCCAAAUGACAAACGCUGCAAAGAAGAUGAGAAAUAUUUGCAAACAAUCAUGGAUGCCAAUGCUCAGUCCCACAAGCUUUUUAUCUUUGAUGCCAGACAGAACAGUGUUGCAGAUACAAAUAAGGCAAAAGGUGGGGGAUAUGAAAGUGAAAGUGCCUACCCAAAUGUUGAGCUGAUCUUCUUGGAGAUCCCAAAUAUCCAUGUGAUGAGAGAAUCACUGCGUAAGCUGAAAGAAAUAGUUUACCCUACAAUUGAUGAAUCUCGAUGGCUGUCCAAUGUGGAGAGCACUCACUGGCUGGAAUAUAUACGGAUGCUUCUUGCUGGAGCAGUGAGAAUUGCUGACAGAAUUGAAUCUGGUAAAACAUCAGUGGUGGUACACUGCAGUGAUGGCUGGGAUCGUACUACGCAGCUUACCUGCUUAGCCAUGCUCAUGUUGGACAGCCAUUAUAGAACCAUCAAAGGCUUUCAAGUCCUCCUAGAGAAAGAGUGGAUGAGUUUUGGACAUCGGUUUGCAAUGCGAGUAGGCCAUGGCGAUGAUGACCAUGCUGAUGCUGACAGGUCACCUAUCUUCCUUCAGUUCAUUGACUGUGUAUGGCAAAUGACAAAGCAGUUUCCAGCUGCUUUUGAGUUCAACGAACUGUUCUUGAUCACCAUUUUGGAUCAUCUUUACAGCUGUCUCUUUGGCACAUUUUUAUGCAACUCUGAACAUCAGCGAAUAAAAGAGGAAAUCCCUACAAGGACCAUUUCUUUAUGGUCAUAUAUUAAUAGCCAACUAGAUGAAUUCAGUAACCCUUUCUAUGUAAACUAUGAAAACCACGUCCUUUAUCCAGUUGCCAGUCUAAGCCAUUUGGAACUAUGGGUAAACUAUUAUGUGAGAUGGAAUCCACGAAUGAGAUCCCAGAUGCCAAUUCACCAGAAUCUGAAGGAGCUCCUUGCCAUCAGAACUGAGCUCCAGAAGCGGGUAGAGGAAUUGCAGCGGGAAGCAGCAUCACGCUCCAUUUCUUCUUCAUCAGAUAGGGGAUCAUCUCCUGUAGCCACACCGGUGCACACCUCUGUCUGAUGUGUGACUGGAAAAGGUACAGUUCUGUUACGAAUCAUGCAUUCCGGCCCACAGAAGACUUCUGUACUCGCUAAGGGUUGUGGGAUGUUGUCACCUGAUCUGCUGUCUGUCUGUUACACUGAGGCCAACAAGUGUUUCCCUGUGUGCAACACUGUAGAGAGGGUGGUGGUUGCUAGUUUCCCUAUGUGUCUCUUUGAUGUGUUUUAACUGAAUUUACAAUUGAAAAGUUAACUUUCUCUUAAGCAACCUACAACAGAAUUGUCUGAAGCUGAGAAUCCAUCUGUCUGGCAAACAGUGCAAAUGACACUUUGCUAUCUUUUCCAAGGUUGGCCAAGCUUGCCAUGAACCAGAACAAACAGAGUGAUCAUUUCUUGCAGGGGAACCCGCCUGGUUCCUUGGUACCUAAUGUAAUUGUUGGGUGGUUUUAACAAUCCAUAGCAGAUAAUAUGUUUCUUGGUACAGUUGUAGAUGAACUGAUGCACUUUGAAAUGAGUUUAAUUUUUAAUACUACAGCCAGUGUUAUAUUUUGAAUAAACAUGCCAUUUAAAAUGAACAGGAUUUGCCAAUUGUGAAACAUUUUGUAACUGUAAUAUUAUCUUGGAAAUCUAGAUUACUGAAUACUAUUUUCCCCUCACAAGUUUUCUGUAACUAUUGCUCACUUUCAUUUACAUGAGACUGAAUUUGUCUCAAUCACAUCAUUGGCCUAUCUAUACAGAAUAACUUCGGUAUAGCCUGACAGUUAAAUGUGUAAACUGCAAGUGUAAAUUUUGUUCACCACAUAAUGCCAAAAGCUGUACACACAAAGGAUUCCUCUUUCUACAAAUAUAUACAAGUCUAAUAGAAUCUUCCAAUGGCAUCUGAAAAGACUCAAGUGUCCCUUUAGAUAUUUUUUAAAGUGUCAGGAAAAAUAGUAAAUUGUAAUUAUUAUGACAGAUGCAUUUUUAAGCAGAUCAGUCACAACUGGCUUCUUUGAGACAAUAAAGGCUGUUGUGUUCUUUUAGUUGAUGUUUGAUAAAGUUUGCACAAGCCUCGAGCCCCAAUAAUAAAGGUGGGCUAUAAAUGAAGUAAAUGAAUAGACUCUUUACCUGCAUUUCCUAUAGAAAUGUCUGGCCAACUGGAACCAUAAGUACUGUACAUGUGGUGUGUUUGUGGCACUACUAGGUAGGAUUGCCUACAGGCUAUGUGGCAUAUCCAGGCCUACACUCCCACCUACCCCUUACAUGCUGCACUGUUGCUACUCUUUAGCUCUGAAGACUGUGGAGGGGCAAAAACCUCCAAGGGAGGGGGCUCUAUGUACUCUUUGUAUGGAGAAUUUCAUAUUUACACUUCAUGCAUGGCAGCUGGCAACAAAGUUGGCCACCACACAGUUGCUUCUUUUUGCUCACUGCUCUUUUCAUACCUAAUUUUGAAACAAUCUUUUUUCUUCCACUACACUUCACAGAUUUAGCCUUCUUUCGUUUCUUGAACGCUAGAGAUGGUACAAUUCCUUUAAGCCUCAUGAAUUUAUUGAUUCAUUGAGAAUUCUUGAUUUUAUUACACAAGUAGCCAAAGCAGCACUGCCACAGCUAAUGUGGUUUUGCUUAUAACUCCUUAGAGGAGGAGCUGGGGUGGGGCAGGUUGUGACAUGGAUUCAGUCUUCAUUCAGCCACUUUUUGAGGAGGGGGCAUUCUAACAUCUUUCUAAUCUAUUGGGGGGAAUCCUGAUACUUUUGUAGUCUGGAAACAAAACAGACUUUAAACAUUUUGUGUUGCAUUGCAGAGAUCCAUGCACAUGGUUCAACAGAGUGUUCAGGGGCAUUUUGGAGAGAAAUUGAUCAAAAAUCUACUUAGGGCUGUGUAUUUGAUCUGACUUUUCAGAUUGUAGACUGGCUUUUGCAAUAUUGCUUUGAAACUGAUGCACAGAUUUGAGAGUGUCCCAAGCAGUAUUAUUGUGCUUACAGGAAAGCAGGCAAGGCAGUACCAUGAUGUUCAUAAAGAAGUCAGCAAUUAUUUCCUUCCCGUUAAGAUUUGGCUCUGAAUUUCUCACUAUGAAGUAUGCACUGAAAAAGAAAAUUCUCAGAAGUGGGGUAGAGCAAGGCCCAACUACUUUAUAAUUCCAGGGAGUCUACUGCCUACACUGGCAGAAGAGACAUGUGAAGACUUUUUUUGUAUAGGAAACUGGCUCUCUGGCAUUGUGCAAGAUACACACAGACAAUGUUGUACAAGUCAGUCUUCAGUUUAUUGUUUUCCAGUUGUAAUUCAGCAGUCAAGUUCAGAUUUCCUUUCCCCAUAAUUCUUAUAUGCACUUUAGUAAAAUGUGUCUGCCUUUUGACAGCAUAAUAUACAAUUUUCAUCUGGGACAAAUCAUUUCUGUAUUAGUAAAGGUAUGUAUUGCCUGAAUAAAAACGAUGUUCUUUUGAA